AUGCGCCCUAUUUUGCUUUCGGGCCAUGAACGGUCCUUGACCCAGAUCAAGUUCAACAGCGAUGGCGAUCUCCUUUUCUCCGUUUCCAAGGAUAAGAUUGUGUGCGCAUGGUGGUCCGCCAACGGCGAGCGUCUCGGUACAUACAACGGUCACCAGGGUGCCGUCUGGACUGUCGAUGUCAGCCCCAACACCACUCUUCUCGCAACCGGAUCUGCAGACAACACUGUGCGCCUAUGGAACGUCAAGACUGGCGAAUGUGUGAAGGUGUGGGAUUUCCCGACAGCCGUGAAGCGUGUGCAAUUCUCGCCCGAUGGUAGCAGACUUUUGGCAGUGACGGAAAAGCGUAUGGGUUUCCUCGGUACAAUCGCAGUCCUCGAUAUCAACUACGGCGACAACCUCAACGACCAGGCCGAUGAGCCUAGCUUGCGCAUUACCUGCACAGAGUCCAAGGCUACCGUUGCGGGGUGGAGUUUCCUGUCCAAGUACAUCAUUGCGGGGCACGAGGAUGGCAGUGUCAGCCAGUACGACCCUAAGACCGGCGACCAAAUCGAGAACAUUCAGGCCCACGAGUUCGAUCACCAGAUCAACGACCUCCAGUUCUCCCCUGACCGCACCAGCUUCAUCACCGCCUCCAAAGACAAGUCCGCUAAGCUCAUGUCCUCCCGCAACCUCGCCAUCCUCAAGACCUACACCUCCGACACUCCCCUCAACACUGCCAGCGUGACACCAAAGAAGGAAUACGUGAUUCUCGGUGGUGGUCAGGCCGCCAUGGAUGUCACCACCACCUCCGCCCGCCAGGGUAAAUUCGAGGCCCGCUUCUACCACAAGAUCUUCGAAGACGAGAUUGGCCGUGUCCGUGGCCACUUCGGUCCCCUCAACACCAUCGACGUCCACCCAGCCGGUACCGCAUACGCCUCCGGUGGUGAGGACGGUUACGUCCGUGUCCACCACUUCGAUAAGUCCUAUUUCGACUUCAUGUACGAGGUCGAGCGCGAGCAGAUGCGGAAGUAA